UUCCAUUUUUGCCCUCCUUGGUGACCUGGCAAUAUGCCAGUCCAUGUCCAAAUCGCCCUCCUCCGUCAUUCCCCCGAUUCCACUUCUCUCUCUCUCCCUCUCUCUCUCUCUCUCUCUCGUCGCUGCACCUGCACGCAGACCAUUCUCCUACUUCGAGCUCUGUCUGAUUACUGUUCCUCAUGGCUAAUAAGCACACCAUUAUUUUGAUGCAAACUUCCCCAAACAAGGCCUCUAGAACAUUUAUGGAUUAUGAUUCGAUAAGCCAAGCUAUGGAUGGUAUAUGUGGGCUAUACGAAAGGAAGCUUAAAGAGUUAAAUCCAGCUUUAAGAAACAUCACGUAUGACAUUGCAGAUCUCUACAAUUUUAUUGACGGCCUUGCAGAUAUGAGUGCCUUAGUUUAUGAUCACUCCAUCCAUGGCUAUUUACCGUAUGAUAGACAAUGGAUCAAACAGCGGACAUUUCACCACCUAAAGAAAUUGGCACAUUAAAUUUAGUAUGAUUCUGCAGCUUAAGUCUGUAGUUACACUACCGGAUUGUCUGUAGAAUUUUAGUUGUGCGUGGGCUUUGCAUUUGACCCAAGGUGUUUAAUACGCAAAUUGUAACCUCGUUGUGCUCAUAUAUUAUAGGACAAAGGUGGCUCUAUGCUCUGAUUUCAAAAGAAUAGCAACUAUUGUUGUUUGUUCGUAUGAUUCCCUUAUGGAAGUGCUCCCAUGUUUAGGGAGGUUGACGGUGA